AUGAAGAGUCAGAAAAGGAUGCAAGAAGUUGUGACAAUCACUUUUCCAAAAGGCCAAGUAGGAAUGGCCGUUCCUGCUGCCGCGCCCCCGGUGUGCCAGCCCAAGGGCACCACUAACGGGCACUACCCAGCCCCGCGCCUGUCCAUCUCCUCCCGAACCACGGUGGUAGCCAGAAUGGAAGGUGCCUCCCAAGGGGGCCUGCAGACCGUCAUGAAGUGGAAAACAGUGGUUGCCAUCUUUGUGGUGGUGGUGGUCUACCUCGUCACAGGUGGUCUCGUCUUCCGGGCUUUGGAGCAGCCCUUUGAGAGCAGCCAGAAGAAUACCAUUGCUAUGGAGAAGGCAGAAUUCCUGCGAGAUCAUGUCUGCGUGAGUCCCCAGGAGCUGGAGACAUUGAUCCAGCAUGCCCUUGACGCUGACAAUGCAGGAGUAAGUCCAAUAGGAAACUCUUCCAACAACAGCAGUCACUGGGACCUUGGAAGUGCCUUUUUCUUUGCUGGAACUGUCAUCACCACCAUAGGGUAUGGGAAUAUUGCUCCAAGCACUGAAGGAGGCAAAAUAUUUUGUAUUUUAUAUGCUAUCUUUGGAAUUCCACUCUUUGGUUUCUUAUUGGCUGGUAUUGGAGACCAACUUGGAACCAUCUUUGGGAAAAGCAUUGCAAGAGUGGAGAAAGUCUUUCGAAAAAAGCAAGUGAGCCAGACCAAGAUCCGUGUCAUCUCCACCAUCCUCUUCAUCUUGGCUGGCUGCAUUGUGUUUGUGACGAUCCCAGCUGUCAUUUUCAAAUACAUCGAGGGGUGGACUGCCUUGGAGUCCAUUUACUUCGUGGUGGUCACUCUCACCACGGUGGGGUUUGGUGAUUUUGUGGCAGGGGGAAAUGCUGGCAUCAAUUACCGGGAAUGGUAUAAACCCCUCGUGUGGUUUUGGAUCCUGGUUGGCCUGGCCUACUUUGCAGCUGUCCUCAGUAUGAUCGGAGAUUGGCUACGGGUUCUAUCCAAAAAGACAAAAGAAGAGGUGGGCGAGAUUAAGGCACACGCGGCCGAGUGGAAGGCCAAUGUCACGGCGGAAUUCCGGGAGACCCGGCGGCGACUCAGUGUAGAGAUCCACGACAAGUUGCAGCGGGCCGCCACCCUACGGAGCAUGGAGCGCCGGCGCCUAGGCCUGGACCAAAGAGCCCAUUCGCUGGACAUGCUCUCCCCGGAGAAACGCUCCGUCUUCGCUGCCCUGGACACAGGCCGCUUCAAGGCCUCCUCCCAGGAAAGCAUCAACAACCGACCCAACAACCUGCGCCUCAACAAGGGCUCCGAGCAACUGCACAAACACGGCCAGGGUGCCUCGGAGGACAACAUCAUCAACAAAUUCGGCUCCACGUCCAGGCUCACCAAGAGGAAAAACAAGGACCUCAAAAAGACUCUACCCGAGGACGUGCAGAAAAUCUACAAGACCUUCCGAAAUUACUCCCUGGACGAGGAGAAGAAGGAAGAGGAGACGGAGAAAAUGUGCAACUCGGACCACUCGAGCACAGCCGUGCUGACCGACUGCAUCCAGCAGCCGGCGGCCGAGAAUGGUGUGAUCCCCAACGACACCAAAGACAGGGACCUCGAGAACAACUCUUUACUUGAAGACAGAAACUAAAAAAAAAGGGGGUGGCCUGGCCCCAUGACUCAACCAAGCGUUGUGUGUGUGCGUGUGUAAAACUGUGUGCGUGUGUGUGUGCGAGUCUGUUUUUAAAUCUUCACCCUGACACACGUGCCUUAAACCAGACUUCUUGCUCGUCCGGAAUUACAUAGCAUUGGAGAAAAUACUUCACUGUGCCAUAGACCACCGAGAAAGCUCGCCCUGUCCCCCCUCCAAGGAACCUAAGAACCAAAACUGUGCUCUCCUGAGGGUGAUGCAGGGUGCCCAGGGAAUGGCAGCACCCAGCAUGGGGAGGGGUUGCAGCAGCCUCAAAUAUCCAGGGCAUGUCCCUCUCCCUCUUUGGCAUGAUGUGUGCAACGUCCACUAACUCCCUAAAGGGGGUUGCCUUGGCUUAGCAUUUAUUUAAGGGGCCAUCAUGUGCUGAGACCAGCCUUCCCAAGGCAACAGGUUGUGGCUUUGACUUGGAAUCCGCUGCCCAGAGCUGGCCAAGAUGGGCCUCGGGGCCUACCAGAGGGGACCUAUAAACUGGGGUUAGAGCUGACCUAUUGGCAUAUGCUCUGAGCUGGCAUUUCUUGAUGCAAACCCGUUCGGCAGCAAACCUUAGUCUUUUUAAGUUUCAAAUGAAUGUCUGCGGGACUCAACAGCACCUCAAAUCGUUGGAAGCACAUCAGAGCACAGGUAUUAAGAGGUGCGAUGGCUUUCAUUACAAAAGAAAAAAAACCCCACAAAUAUUCACCAACAUAUCACACUGUGGAGAUCGAAGUCACCUACGACCGAGGCCUACUGAGUUUUAUUCUUUUUUUUUUUCUUCUUCUCCUUUCUUGCAGGGGUGGGGAGCCCAAGUGCUGGCUUUGGUGAGAACUCAGCCUCCGUCAUGACAGGUGACAGAAAGCAUCAGGCACUUUCCUCAGUGGGAGCGAUGGUGAAAAAAAAAUCCAUUUCCAUGUUCACUUUUCUAGUGGAACUUUGGUUAUAACUGGGUUAGAUGGACAGGGGGAAACAUACCAAAACUAUUGCCUUGCAUGAUGCCAGUGGCUUGCCGUUCUAACUAAUUCUAGGUGUCUUUUUUUUUUUUAAUACAAGAAUAGACAUCUUGCAUGUCUGAAACAUACCAAGGAUGACCACGGUAUCAUUCCAUCUCAGGGCUUUCCAUCCCUUUGCGUGUCCUAGGUUAGACCUAGUGAGGAGAUCCAAUUCUGCUCUCUCCAAGCAAAUGGAAAAUGAAUCUCUCAACCAACCCUUGCACAAGAAGAUUUAAUUGUUUUAAUUGCUUGCAGCUUAAGUGCCAUUAAUACCAUUGGAGAAAAAAAAGUACGACUUAAAUGAAGUAUUUAAAUCUCAUUUUAUGUUUGGGUGCUUUAAUUUCUUUUUAUUGUUUUUUUUUUUUUUUAAAAAGGUUUAGAACAUCACUUCUUCCCCUUGAUUUUUUGCUCCAUUUCUCAGCACCCCUGACUCACUAACAUUGGAUCAUGGUGGUAUUUGAGGUGCAUAAUAUUCCACAUGGGUUGCUUCUACAUGUUCCUCAUGCUUAGAGCAUCAGGGGAAGCAAGGUGGAGUGGGGUGGGGGAAGCUGGUCCUAGUUUUUGAGAGGAAGGCUUUAGAUGCCUUUUCAUCAGAAAACGAUAAUGUGUUAUUAAACCAACCACACCCUGUGAUGCCUCAUUCUUUUCCUAAAAGAAAAACGUGGACCAUUGGGCUGUUUCAACUUAACUCAUUGGGUUGUUUCAACUUAGCUCUUUGACUCACAUACACAUGUAAGCAUUUUGAAUUUGGCAACACUGGGAUGUUGUUGGGAGGGAUUUCACAUGGCUGAUAGAGUGGAUUAAUCAGAAUUUUCUAGGACAAAAAGAAAGUUCCAGAAAGCAGUUUCUCUAUGACUUGUAGGGAAUACUAUACCCAUAACAUCCUUGACCAUUCAUUCCCCAGAACCAGAGCUGUUCUUCCUGUUUCUUGAGUGUAAAGUUCUUCCAUUCAUGGGACACAUGUAGCACCCCACUCCAUACCACCAGCCCCAGUGCCAACUUUCAGACUCUGAAUUAAAAGCUCUGGAUUACUUUUGGGCUGGAGCCAAGAAUAACUUUGAUGCUUCAAAGUCACCUAUCCUAUUCCAGGUGGGCUUAGGAUUAGCAUCAUUGGGCUGAUGCAGUGGCUCCUUGGACUUCCUUCCAAGACAAAGAUACUUGGGAAAACGUUGUGUAGGUGUAGGCAUUGGUACUUUCUGUGGGCAUCAUUCCAGUCUGACAAAACGUGUUUCAGAAAUUGGUCAGAAAAAUCAGAGUUGCUCGUUAAAAAGCUUCUUGAUUAAACAGUCCAUGGAUCUCGUUCAUUUGGGUUCAAACCCUAUGUAAUUUUCUACCUUCUCCAGAUCAGCAUGUUAAAUUUUUAGAUUCUUCUACUCUGAACAGUUAAAUCUGACAAUUAGACUUCCCCAGCAUUUCACCAAUGGCUUCCAUGGGCAGGCAUGAGAUAAGGCACUUUAUGGGCAUUAGCUCACUGAGUCUUCACGGUAACAUUGGGGGAGAAAGUGUUUGCAACCCCGUUAUGCAGAUGAAAACAUGGUGGUUCAGGGAAGCCAAGUAGUUAUCUUACCAAUGGCACAUGACAAGAAGGGGGAGAGCUUGUCUUCAAAGGCUUUACCAAAGUCUUCUUUUGACUUUGUGACAGUGUCUGUGUCCAUACUGUUGUGUGUGGUGCGUGUGUGCAUGUGUGCGUGCACUAAUAUAUUUCUAGAUUCCUAGGCUUCCAGAAGUAGUAAAUGAUCGUUGUUACCAAGAGGUCUUUGGUCUAAUAUCAAGAGGAUUAAGGUCUUUGUGUGCAUUUGUCUUGUUUUUAGUUUUAAUUUGGGGGGUGCUAUCAUCCAUCCUUUCUGUGUUGUUAAAAAUGCCCCCCUGAAAGCACUCUUUUGCACUUUACCUGUUUACUUUGCAGGAAUUCUGCUUUUUAGCAGGAACAGAACAAUACAAAGCACUAAGCUCACACUCUACAGAAAGGAAAAGGUUUGGUGUGUUGUAUAUACAUUUCCCCCAACAAGUCAAGUCCCAGUGACAUGGAGUGAUUGAAACACACCCUUAGCUGAGAGUAGGGGAAAUCUUCAAUAACCCUUUAACAGAGCACAGAUGGGGCUAAAGCUCCGAAGAAUAAAAUCACAGAAGAACACAUUGUGGAGAAUGAUCCAUUACAUUUUGGGGCCAAGAGUUUGGCAAACUGUAAUGUAUUAUCCAAAGGGAAAGCUGAGAGGGAAUAAGAGGUUGGAAUCCUCUUUGUAUAAGCUGAGAUUUGUGGGGAGGCCAGUUAUUUUGAAGUAGUUUGAAUGUUGUUUUCUUUCAAAAGCUAGAGCCAAAUAGCACAUACAAUAUAUGUGACUAUGGCAAAGUAGCCUCAAAUUCUUUAAAUAUCUGUGGAUAAGGCAAACAAACUUUCUACUAUCAGCCCAGCCUUGACUUUAAACCCCAUGCCUGGUAUCCCCUCUAGCCUGAAUGAAGUCUAUAAUUUGCACAUGGAAUGAGUCCAUCUGCAGAAUCUUUAGUGGAAACUCUCACUGGACUUUCCUUCUAAAACUGUGCUGGAAACUUGUGAGAAUAAAAUUGUCAAUUUGAAUAAACUACCACUUGGUACCCACUCUUAAACCCAAGGUCGAUCCUAGGAAUGUGUCUUGCUUGGGAUGGGGUCUUAAGUGCUGUGGUCACAACACACAUAGUUGACCUAUUAUAAAGGUGAUAGGUGACCUGUCUGUGAUUGUGGAUUCCUCAGCCCAUUGUCCUUAUCUAAGCAACACAUCUUGGGAAUUGGACUUUAAUUGAAUAGUCAAGUUCCCUCUGAGGCUUGCAUGCUCUCUGACUGAACCUUCCCUAGUCCAUGAAUGGUUGAUAUUUAUUAAGAGUAUUAUAAGCUGGAUUGGUGAAGACUAGAUAUUGACCCCAUUUCUUUUUUUGGUUUUGUUGAGACCUGAAGUCUCCUGCCCAUUUGCAGACUGGUUUUCUGGUUAAUUUAUAGAACCAGAUGUAUUUGAGAUCCUAGUGUCCAAAUUGAGGUCAUGUCCUCUGUAAACUCCUCCUGUUCUCACCACUAGUGCAGUAUCAGCAGAAGGCUCAUGUGCAUGGUUUCUAGUGAAGAAUUUUAAGCUGUUGCUUUUGGCAAUCGGUUGUAUCAAAGGUUCCUUUUUGUUACUUCCAAAUUCAUAAAUUAUAGACAGACCCUACCCUUUGUGGAUCUGCUUAUAAGAACAUGGCUCUUUUGUGUUGGAAGCCCUAGGUACAAUAGAUAUUAUUAGUAAACAACCCCCUUUUCUUUCCUCUGAGAUGUUAUUUUUGGGUGGAGUCAAUUCUGCUCAUUUAUUUGUGUGCUUGGUUUUGGAGGGGGGAAGUAGUGAGAAUAUGGCCAGAAUUUGGGUAGGGCAGGCAUUUUUUUUCAUGGUAUUGGGCAAGAAUGCAAACUAUUGAGUAUGUUUCAUGGUUUUUAAACUAGAGGAAUUCACAUAGAAAAACAAAUAUGCAAGAUUCUCCAAAACAUGAGGGAGAGGACCACAAUUGCAUUUCUUGCCUCGACUUUCAGUGUUCUGCUCAUGUCCCACACAGGGACCGUUUUUUCUCUCAAUGCUCAGAAGCAGUUGUGUUCAAAAGAGUGGCUGCACGAGGUUUUGGAGGAAUAGCCUAAGAGUGGGUUGGUAGUGGCCUUAAAAAGUAAUCUCUCUUGAAGCAAAAAGAUGAUUUGUAUUGGAGACCACAGUUGUAGGUUCUUCAUGUGACAACUUUGGAAUAGCAUGCCUGUUUCCAUGGCUGUAAAUAAAGCCCUGCACUUUGCCCUUAACCAGCAAACCAGCACCAUUUACUCCCUUCUUUCCCCACCAUCUGUGUGACCCUCAGUCUUCCUUCUCAUGGUGGUCCCUCAGUACAUGACAUCAGCACAAAGGCACUGAGGAAAAGUCAGAGCUGUUUGAGUUUACUGAAAGUGAUGAUUAUUUUCACAGGUGCCUACAAGAUUUGGAAUCUACUCUGUGUUCAAUUCUUAAGUGAAAAUUCUCAAAUAGUUCCCUGUCUAUUAAAAAACAAUCCUUGGGUGGACUCUCAUUCCAUUUAUAUGGCAGAUCAAGGGAACAGAGGAUUCAUUGCAAAACUUCUGAGCCUUCAAGGCAUCAAGCUUGAUGGGAAAAGGUGCAGCGGUGCCUAGGAGAGAAAUCCUGAUCAACUCACAAGGCAAUCUCUGGCCACUUCCUCACCCCAGAGUGACAGGCAGGGGACACUCAGUGACAACAAUGAUGAUGUUAAUUCAUGUGUGGAGGUGUUUUACCUAGUUUUUCUCUAUAUAGGAUUUUAUGGUGCUUUAAAGAAAAGGCAUUUUACAGAAAAUAACAUGGGUUGGGGGGGAGGAGGGCAUUUCUUAAUGUUCUUAGGAAAACUACAAAGGGAAAUAUGCUUGUAACAUUUCAAUAAGCUGUGCUGCUAUUGUCUUUAUUUGAUGAUGUAAUUCUUUUCCCCAAUGAUGGAGAAAAUGGCAACAAAGACCUUCUGGAAGAUCAAA